GCCUUUUGGCUCCAGCAUGGCUCUCUGCUCUCGGGUGGUGGUGGUGCUGCUGUGCGGAUGGACUUAUCUGUGCGUUGGAUACUGCGCCAUGCUGAAGACGGACGGACCAAAGGUGGAUUUUACGCGCUCGGAGGAGGAUAAAAAGCAGCCCGAGAAGGACGACGGGGACCUGCUCUCACAGGAUACAAUGACGGAACACAUGCAGAUGCUUUACACCAAGUACAACCGGGCUGGGUUCCCCUUCAAGGACGGCAACACUGUCCGCAGCUUCAAAGCGCACUGGGGUACGAUAAACCAGAAGCAGCUGCAGAUUUUCAACCUCACCUCCCUCACCAAGUCGGAGGACGUUCUGUCAGCCACGCUCCAUUAUUACAUCGGAGACCUUCAGAACUGCUCCCGGUCCAAAAGCUGUGCUCGCCACGGCCCCCGGAAGCACAACCACAUCCACAUGGUCAUCUGGAGCUUCGCCUCUGUGGAUAACAAGAUAAGGACCCUCGGACACUUUCGGAUCAACGUGUCCACCCUCUACAGGGACUUCAUCUCUUGGCAGUGGAAGGACAUAACCCGCGUGGUCGACCAGGCCAAGCACCACGAUGAGCUGCUGAUCGGCAUCGAAGUUUCUUCACAAGGGCCCCAACCGUGGAAGAAGCUCCUGUCCGACCGAUCGCCCUACAUCCUGGUCUACGCCAACGACUCGGCCAUUUCAGAACCAGAGAGCGUAGUAGCCACCCUCCAGAGGCACCACCCGGUUGGAGGGGAGGCCUCGGUUUCCAACAGCUUCCAAAAACUGGGCCUGCGUGAGCGAAACGACACCGAGCAAGAGCGGCCGCCGCCCAGACGCAAGCGCUCGGUGAACGUCCUGCUACCGCUGCAGAACAACGAACUCCCCGGGCCAGAGUAUCCGUACGAGACGCCCGGGUGGGACGAGGCGAGUCCGUACGAGCCUUACGAAAACAAGCAGGCCCGGCGGCCACGCAAAAAGACGCGCAAGAACCAGCGGCACAAGAUGCCCCUGCUGCAGUUCGACGAGCAGACGAUUAAAAAGGCGCGAAAGAAGCAGUGGAACGAGCCCAGGAACUGCGCUCGGAGAUACCUGAAAGUGGACUUCGCCGACAUCGGAUGGAGCGAAUGGAUUAUAUCACCCAAGUCGUUCGAUGCCUACUACUGCUCAGGGUCCUGCCAGUUCCCCAUGCCAAAGGCUUCGAAGCCCUCUAACCACGCCACCAUCCAGAGCAUAGUGCGGGCAGUGGGCGUCGUACCCGGCAUCCCCGAGCCGUGCUGCGUCCCGGAGAAGAUGUCUUCCCUCAGCAUCCUCUUCUUUGAUGAAGACAAGAACGUGGUGCUGAAAGUCUACCCAAACAUGACUGUAGAUUCUUGUGCCUGCAGAUAGUUAUUUUUUGUAUGUCAUUCAAUGCCUUGUUCACACAAAACUCACAGAAAAGCAACAAAAAAAAUCAACACAUGCAGCCCGAAAAACGACACUCUCUCCUCCCGUUCCUUUAGUCGUUCACUCAUUCACUUACAAACACCUGUUGGACACAACUUCCUCUUUGCACUGGAGGAGAGAACUCCCUGUUGUUCCAGUUGGAGAGGAUACUGGUCUGUUUGUGGGAAGGAAGUAUCUAGACUGGAAUGGAAACACUCCAUGCUCCGAUUUCACCGACGGCAUCCAUGGUUUUAUCGGUUUUAUCUUCGCUGCUCAGUAAACCGUUGGGCGAAUGAAUCAUAAACUCGCUAUCAAGAUAUACAAAUACCAAUCGAGGCAUAAGAGAGACAAGAACUGAAGGAAAAAUGAUCUCAGUUUGAACUGAUGCCUCAUCUUUCUCUCCUUCGCAGCUUGAAGUUGUCUUUUGGUCAUCUCCGCCAGGUCGCCUAUGCUCGCACUUGCAUGGUUUUUUUGUUACUAUUUGUUUGUAUUUAUGUCUGUACUAUCACUGUGUUAUUCACUAUAUGAGAAGUUAUUGUGUAAUUAUUGGCUUGGCUGCUAUAGAGAGAUAUAUUAGAUUCCAAAGCCAGAAAUCGUUACGUAGACGGUACAGUAGACAGCCGUACGUAUUUGUGUUUUUAGAUCACCGCUCCGUUGUUGUACAGAACCAACAUUUUUAAGAGUUUAUUAUAUGCUGAGUUUUGAAGCAGACCCAUCAUACCAUUUUUUUUUUCCGCUAAGAAAACAUUUUACAAGCAAACUUCAGAUGUGAUUUUGAAAGA